CAGUGAGAGUUUAGUUACGGGUGUGAAGCUUGAUAGAUUUGGAGAUCAACGGAGCAAAACUCGACUCAGGUAAAGACUCAGGUAAAGCUUCAUCAUGAAACACAACAAAGGAAUGCUGUUCUGUGUCAUUGUGUGCUUGCUCUACCCUGGUAUCAGACUGGUUGAUGCAGAUGCCUUUUUGCUGGUUGCGGACAGUGUAAAUGGGACUAUUUCAAAGGGUAGCAUUUCUCUAAGUCUGGCUGAUUUAACUCCACUACCCUUCAUCGAUGUCGUCUGCCCAGUGGCCGUGGAUUUUGACCCGAUUGAUCAGAUGGUUUACUGGACUGAUAGUGGGCCCCCAUCUCCGAAAAUCUCCAAAGCACGUAUAGAUGGCAGUGGUCAAACGCUCCUUGUUAGUGAACUGUUUGAACCAGUCGGAUUGGCGCUUGAUAAUGUUGCAAGGAUGGUGUAUUGGACAGACGAAGUGGGUCACAUUGCACGGAUCCCCAUGGAUGGCUCAGGUACAAAAGAAGUUAUCGUCGAAGACAUCUCCUGCCCAUCGAGAGUCUGGGUGAGUGGAGAUAGUGAUCUUUGGACGUAA